CAGCAAGCGGAGGCAGGCGAUUCUUCCACGGGGUGGUUGAGAGGGCACUGGCAGGAACCACCCCUACAAUGAUGGAUGGAGGAGCAAGCACCCCAGAGGGGCCUCCUGAGGACCAGGCAACAGGGACCCUGGAAACGGAACUCCUCCCAGGAGCUUCCCGACAGAAGACAGAGGUUACCCCAGGCUCCGCGACAUUUCCUGAAGACAGUGGGGAGCAGGAAGGAGAAACGGCUCAUCCUUGGAGCAACCCCCCAGACUGCCAAGGGCCAGCACCAGGCACUCCUCCAGGGCAAGGAUGACAUCAAGUUCAGUCCCGUCUCCCCCUUGGAAGAUGGACUCGGUUUGCCGGAUGGACAGGGAACUGGAAAUCCAGUGCAGUUCCACCGAGAUGCAAACGGCCCUGACAGCAGAGAGAAUGAGAUUGAGGAACAGGAUGCAGCCAUUCAGCCGAUGCUGUGGGGUCUCCACUGCCCGAGCCUGCUCUCCGUGGUGAGUACAGUAGGCAGGGCCCCUUCCCUCACGGAGGGCUGCAGCCCAUGCGUGCAGGUGGUCUUAAACGAGACUGUGGCAAAGGAUUAGGAAAAGGGCACAGGAUGUUUGAGGACAUGCCCCGGGUAUCCUGAUGUCUGAGAAAGGCAGGGAGCGCGUCCCUGAAGAAGUGGCCGUUUGAGUAGACACCAAGCCCAUGAAGAGCAGAUGGGCAGGGGAGUGGCAUGGCAGCUGGGAGCCUGAGGUGGCAGGUGCAGGGCUCCCUGGAGGAGAGGCCCAAGAGGAAGAUGGGGCGGGCGCCAUAGCCUUUGGUGAAGGUUUCAGGGUCUAGCCGGAGAGCAGUGGGAGCCCUUUCAGGAUUUAAGGAGGGGAGAGAUAGGACCAUGUUUGCAUUUUGAGAAAUCACUGUGGGUCGAUGGCAGGGAAGGGUGGGUGGGAAGUCUGGGUGUUGGGGGUAGAAGCAGGGAGAGCAGGCAGGGGCCAUGGCAGGUGUUGGGUGGUGCAAAAUGUCAGAUUCCAGGACUGUGCUGUUUGGCUGGGACACACUGAGCACAAAGGAGGGGCAUGGGGUCAACAUAUUGGGAGACUCCAUUUAUUGAAAUGUCUAGAAUAGGCAGCUCUAGAGAGACAGAAGGUGGUCUGCCCAGGGCUGGGGCGGAUGCGGGUGGGAGGGGCUGUGUGGUAAGAGGUUUCUUUUUGGAGGGAUGAAAUAUCCUCAAAUUGAUUGUGGCGAUGGUUGUGCAACUUUGUGGAUGUAUUAACCCAUUUCAUUGUACACUUUAAAGGGGAGAGAGGACCUCAUUGCCAUAAAGCUCUUUAAAAAGAUAAAUAAAUAAAAGGAAAGUUGAGAUUUGGUCCCAGAGGGUUCAAAUGCCAGGCCAAGGAGAGGUGGGGUACAGUCGCCUGAGGGGCGGAGCUGGUGGAGCAGAGGCCCCCUCCCGGCCUCCCUGCCCGCAGCCUCCCUGUGCAGGCCGGCCUGUCUCCCAGCCUGAGGUGCAGUGCUGCAUCUCUGGUCAGUUGGGAGUCUGAGAUGAAGCACUGUAGCUCAGGAAGGGAGAAGUUGUUCUGCGGACACCUGCCAGAAGCGGUAAGUGCUGGUGUUGGGGGCACCAGGAAGGGCAGGACACUUCCGGUCUCCAGACUGUCAGCAGCUUGUGCUGAGGAAGUUUCUGGACCCAAGUCUCACCCAUGCCACCAUCUGCUUCAUGAUUCUGGGCAAGUCCUGGCUGCUCUAAGCCCCAUAGUCUGUCCAUUGUAAGAUGAGUGGUUGGAGCUUUUAGUGUGGCCACUACCCUGCACCCUGACUCUGCUUUUUCUGAGCCGUGGUGGACCCCGCUAAUCUGUCAAGGCGUCCAUUCUUGAAGCGCUCAGAUGCAGCUUCAGAAUCCUUCUCAACACCAAGUCCCAUCAGGGAUUCAGAGCUGAAACCCAUCCAUCGUUUGUGGGUUGGACAAAAUCUUUCAGUCCUAAAGAUGAAGUCUUGAGCUUUGAGCCAGGCUCUUCUCUCUUGGAGCUGCUAACCUUGCCCCAGGCUAUUGACUAAAACCAAUCCAAACAUCUCACAAAUGCCUGCCGGCUCCUAGAGGCUUCAGACAAGCAAGGAACAGCAGAGGAAAAUCACUGGGCUAAGCACAAUUUUAUUUACCCUUCCAAUAAGCUUGGGAGGUGGAUACUGUUAUUGACCCAUUUUACAGAUGAGAAAACUAAGGCUUUAGUUAACUAAUUUGCCCAAGGUCACACCUUGAUUGUGUUGAGCCAGGAUUGUAGCCUAAUCUGUCUGGUUUCAGAUCUGUAUUGUUACCCAGUGCAGGUGACAUUGAAACCUGGGGAUCGGGGACCUGAAGGUGAACAUAAUAAACCCUGCUCUGGUCUUGUCCUUACAUCUUGGGUCACUUUUAGCAAAGACAGACCCAGACACUUUCCAUCAAUCCUAGCAAUUCCCUUCUUCCUAGCCUCCACCCUCUAAAUUAUAUUUAUCUCCCCUAAUCCGAUAGGUCCUCUACUAUCCCAUUUUACAGUUGAGGAAAGCCGAGGUUAAGUGACUUGCUGGAGGUCACCAUGGAGGAAGUUGCCAGAGACCAGGGACCGGAUCUGCCCGGUUGGUUUAGUUUAGAGUAAAACCCUCCCUCUGGCUGGAGUCUCAGGAAUGCACACAACUCAUGGCUGUCCUGGGAAGGGGGGCCAGCUUGCUGGAUGGAUGCUGGUCAAGAACGUGGCCUUUGACCUCCGGGAAAGUACUUUCCAGGCCACUUGAAGUUCCAGUCACUACGCCACCCGGAGCCACAUCCUGCAAUACAUGGCGCGCCCACGCUGGCUUCUGCAGACUGACUGGAUGCAGAAGAAACUCCCGGUGGUCCCGUAGGGGCGUGGCAGGGCCUUGGUGCUGAAGGCCGCACUCUCACCUUGUCCUCACGGUCCAGUUUUCCCAGGAAUCCCUUAGAUGCUAAGAUGGGGAUUCCUGGAAAUACUGUUCUUGAGGUCAUGGCUUAACAGCUGGAUUCGCCUCCUUCCCAUCCCAGAGUUGCCCCCGGGGGCCUCGGCUGCAGCACGGCAUGCGGGUCAAGUGGAGGCCUGCACUGGAGGUAAGAGGGCUUGCGACUGUGUUCUUGACCUUUAAGUUGCUUUUCUUUCCAUUUGGUCCAUUUCGCAACAUCCCUUUGAGGCUGGAUGUGGGAACUUCACCACUGUGGCACUCUUGGGAAAUUCCUGCAGGCACUCAGCUGAGCAGUGGUGGAGCCGGGACACCAUAAGGCACCAGUUUCUUCCUGUCUCCACCCACCCUCGCCCCACUUCCCAGCAUGCCGAUGGUAGGGACACAGUAUCGUAUCCACUUAUUGAUAAACUAAUAAAUGCACAUCAAUUUAUUUGUAAAGUUUAUUAAAUCAGUUAGGUAAACUAAAAAGCACGAGUCUUAGAUCACUUUGGAAUCAGCCAUAGAAAAAGGAUAAUUUUUUCAAGGUAGAGAAGACAAAGCUCAGAGCACCCUCUUGUGGUGAUGCCUGCCUCUACCCACUCCCGGAAUACUGGGCUUCUGCACGCGCACACAACCACUCACACAGGCAGGCACGUGCUGAGACUCCGCCCCACUCGCCAGUGACCUGAGACUCCUCCCCACUAACCAAUGACCACUGUGGCCCCAUCCAUCAUCUCAUUACCAAGGAUGCUUCCAUCAACAGUGCACUUUUACUUCCAUACCCUGGCUUCUCCUUCCAAGCUCCCUGAAGUUAUGUAACUAGUGAGGCUCAGAAAGGUGCAGUGACCAGCCCAAGGUUGCCCAGAUAACAAAAGGCAGAGCCAGGAAUUGAUUCCAAGUGCAGUAGCCUAUGGCAAUUCCUUAGCCAAAAGCAAAAACUACAAGACACAAAAAAAAGACUUUGUGAGUAGACAUAUGGUAUGCUAAUGACUGAAUGCCAAAGACUGGAAAUGGUCCAGGCACAAACAUAGAACUUUUCGCAAACCCUUCCUGGUGCUUUUCAUGGGGUUGGUAGAGACAGUAGGUUCUACGGCCCCAGAAUCCUCAAGUUUGGGGUCUGAUCCCCGUAUUCCCAGGUAUCAGGUGGCUUCCACAUGUGUCACAGGCUGUCAUUCUAACAGGCCUCACUGAAGGCAUUUCCCUCAAACACAGAGAUUAGAGCUGGCCUGACCAUGAAGAAAUAUGACUUAGUCCGCUUGGUCCUAAUAACAAUAAUAACAGUUCCACUCAGUGACUACAUACAAUUUUCCAGACACUGUGCUAAACACGUCACGGGUGUUAUUGCAUUCAAUCCUCACAACAACCCAGGGAGGUAGGUCCUAUCACUUCUCCGUUUCACAGAUGAGGAAUAAGCCAAGACUCAGAGAGACUAAGAGGCUUGCCUAAAAAUCACACAGCUUGUAAGUCAUGAAACUGGAACCAAACCAAGUCUGUGUUUAUGCUGUUAACCUGCCCUUGUCCCCUUCCUCCCACUGGCCUGGCCCGGUGGGCGGGGCUGUCCCCCCCCCCCCAUGACUUCCUCUGGGGAAAGGGGGGAAACAAGACUUCAGUGAGACCCAAGUGGUCUCUCCUGUGCUUUGUGACUGUAAUAAAGUGCUGGAUCUUGACUUGUGUCCUGUUU